GGUCGCAAAUGGAUGAAAGGGUUUCUUCGUCGACAUCGUGAGAUUGCCAUCCGAACUCCGGAAACUGUUUCUUCUGCAAGCGCUAAAGUAUGUGAAGCUGAUAUUCGUGGAUGGUUUGCAAACCUUACAUCGUAUCUGGAGGAAAAUAACCUAAUUGAAGCAACAUUAGAUCCAACAAGAAUCUACAACGGCGACGAAACAUCGUUUUUCUUACAUCCUCAGACAAAAGCUGUGUUUGCUAAUCGUGGCAGCAAAAAUGUCUAUGAAUGCGAACACGCUGACAGCCACAAAAACAUAACAGUAAUGUUCACAUUCGGAGCCGAUGCAGAUAUUAUUGACCCAUGCGUGAUGCUCCCUAUGAAACGCAUACCUGCUGAUAUACUACGAGAGUUUCCUGCAAACUGGGGCGUCGGCAAAAGUGAAAAGGGGUGGAUGGACACUCCCGGUUUCAUGCUGUACAUCCGGGAACUAUUUUACCCCCAUCUUCUCAAGAAAAAGGUGAAGUUUCCUGUGCUACUUUUCGUGGAUGGUCAAUCUUCCCAUACGGCGGCAGAGGUUGCCGAAUUAUGUUUGAAAUUGGGUAUCGUUUUAAUAGCGUUGUACCCCAAUACUACACGAAUCACGCAACCAGCAGACGUAGCUAUAUUCAAACCCCUUAAGAGCGCCUGGAAAAGUGCUGUGUCGAAUUGGCGGAUGGAAAAUGGUGGUGUUAAUUUGCUGAUAAAACACUUUUCAAGUGUAUUGCAAGAGGCAAUGGAAAAAGGAAUACAACCAGCAAGUAUCAAAAACGGAUUCAAGGUUUGUGGACUUUUUCCUUUCGGUCCUGACAAUGUUGAUUAUGACAAGUGCAUUGCCCGACUGGUUAAACAAAGUGAAGUCAAUACUACCGAAUCUACCAUCAUGGAUCCAGCAUCAUGUUCAGCUGAGAUGCCUUCUGAACUGAUUGCUUCACUCAAUCCUGGUACCGUUGUUAUUUCAACUGAAAAAAAUCAGGCUGCAAUACAAUGUAUCGGAAGGGAACGCAUCAUGAAAUUCAAUGAAGGCCUCGUCGAUUCGGAGGAAGACGAAAUCAUCGAACGGCUAUAUGAAAUUAUGUUAUUACCGUUCGAUUCGCAAAAUAUGCAAUCUGCCAGCGAACUUAUGCAAGAGGCAUACUCAGGUAGUACAAUUCUUAAAGAGGAAUCAGUAUUUGUCGAGGAGAUUGGAUACUGUCUGUUGGAAGAGCAAAGUGAAGCAUCCCAGAACAUACUGCGCGAACCAAAUCGAGAUGAUGUUGCAUGUCGAAAAAUGAGCAUUUCUGAGUUGUUACAAACGCCACCAACUCCUCACAGGAGUAACACUCACAGAAACUUUAAAAAGAAAAUAUCACCCAGUUUUGACGGCAUCAGACCGGCUGGAAGAAAUUUACCGCAUUAA